GUCCCGGCUCCAGCCUGGCCACGUUCUCACUAAUGCUCCUUGCACAGAAGGUGAAUAAGGUGGGCACAUCACAGCUCAUCUCGCCGUGGCCGCUCGACCCCAUCAUCUGCCCGUCUCUCGGGUCCGCCGCCACCUUGAGAAGGUCAACGUCAGGCCGACCUUCAUUGACGCGUCCGGCAUCUCAAUUAAUUCCGCCACUUGACGAGCUAGACUUGGUUUGGGGGAGGAACGUUUUUCCUGGGACGCUGUUUCUGUGGUGCUGUGUUAUGUGUGCGGAGCCGGACAAGAUGGCAGCGGUCAGGGGGCUCUGGUCUUUCUCCAGCCGGGCCCUGGCCGUCAGAAGCCGCUGUCAUCUCCCUCUGGGGCUCGGUGUGGUUUCCAACCACCUACGUACCUUCUCCCUGGCCAGUAGUUUAAGUCGGGCUGAAAAGGAGCAGGAUUUGCAGGCGAAUCCCUUUUACAGCAAGUACCAGGGCAAGAUCCAGGAGCUGCGGAGGACAAAACCAGAUGAGUAUGAAGCUCGUAUGGCAAAGAAAGAAGAAGUUAAGCGGCAGCCACUAGGACAUUCGAAGCAGGGUGAAUUUGUCAAACUAAUGGAAGAGAAGUCAAAACAACUUGGUGAAAGAACAUCUGGGAAGAGAACUGGUUUCACUAAAGAUAAGACGCUCCAGUCAAUACUCAAUCUGGAUAUGGUGAAAGAUAAAACUCCAGAUGAAAUAGCACAAAUCUGGAAUCUGUAUUUUGCUUCAAAGAAUACAAUCUCAGCAGUCAUUCCUGGUACAACAUUUGAACUGAUGCACAGCAGGUCGCAGAAAUGCCCCACUUUCCUAUAUGCUUUGCCAAGACAAACAGGGUAUGAGUUCUUUGUGGGUCAGUGGUCUGCAACUGAGCUUCAUUUUUCAUCAUUAAUAAAUCUUCAGUCUUUGGGAGAGAAUUCACCAAGCCAGCUCAUAAUAUAUCAUUACCCUGACCUCCAUAAGGAAAAGGGCAUUGUGCUUCUUACUGCAGAAAUUGACACAACUUUUCUGAGUGUACAAGAUGCACAGUGUCUGGCCAAUGAAGCACAGCUAUUCUACGCCACAGACUGCCAAAGGACCUUUAAUCUGGUAGAGACAUUCAACCAUAAACCCAGUGAUUUCAAACACAUGUCAGUCAUUGCUGAGAUUGAGCAGCAUGGAAUUGGAGGCCAGUUGAUGAAAGAGGGGAGCAAGUAGACGUGUAUAUCUCUCAUAAAAAAGACUUGAAAUUUAUUAUCGAUAAAUCCAAGUGAUCUUUUUCAUGGAGCUUAAACCACUGACCUUAAAAAAAUACUCAUUGUAUUUUUUAUUGAUGGUGAUGCGCAGGAGCUCUGUCAAACAAAUCUUGGUAUUCAGUUGCUUAAGGAGGUAUUGAGCAUUUAUUUGAUCUGCAGGGAGAGGUUUUAAUGAGUAUCUUAAAUCAAGAAAGAGAGGUGGAGAGGUUUGGGGAGGAAUUCCCAGAGCUUAGAAUUUUGGAAGAUAAACAUAUGACUUCUGAUGGUGGUUUGAUUAAUAUCAGUAAUGCUGAAGAGGCUGGUACUGCAGCAUCACUGGGACAACCCAUUUCCACACUCUAACAUUGCUGACACCACUGCUGUCUCAUCCACAUCUUUGUUAUCCUCGAGUCUUAACCAUUUUAAUUCACACUUGACCAGUCAUACUUGUUCCACCCCCUAUAAACUUCAAAACUCUGGUCCAAAUUUGCACAAGAACCUGUUUACCUAUCUCCCUAGUGCUCACUGACUUAAAGUAGAUUCUGGUUAAGCAGUUCCUUGAAUUUUAACAUUUUCUUCCACUCCCCUGGUCUUGCUCUUCCCUUUUCUGCACUCUGAGGUGAGGACUAGUGAGAUUAUUAAACAGGUUCUAGUGCAAGUUUGGACCAGAGUUUUGAAGUGCCUUGAGUUUAUAGAGGGUGGAACAAGUAUGGCUGGUCAAGUGUGUAUUAAAAUGGUUAAGACUCAAGGAUAAGAAAGAUGCAGAUGAGACACCAGUGGUGUCUGCAAUGUUACAGAGGUAGAAAUGAGUCAUUUUGGUGAUGCUGCAAUCUGUGGUUCAAAACUUCUGUUAGACUGAGUUUGCAAACAGUCUCAUUCAGUCACUUAUGGUUACCUGGGAGCUAGAAUUGGUGGUUACAGAAUUGGCUUUGGAGUCUGUAUUCAGUGGUUUCAUUUUUCCCUGGUGAAAAUCGAAAAGGCUACAGAUGCUGGAAAUCCAAAAAAUGCUGCAAUCAUUCAACUGGUUGGGCAGUGUAGCUUUAACCUGCAGUUUCCAGCAUUUUCUGUUUUUAUUAUAGUUUUCCUAGUUUUAAAGCUCGAUGCAGAUUAGAUAAAUGUUAAAUGACGCAGGUUAAUUUCUAAAUGGAGAUGAGCUGAAAUAAAAAUGAUCUCCUGUAAUGACAUAUAAUGAAGACAUUUUGUUAAAUACAAAUGUGUGCAAUCUUCCAUAUUAGUUUUGAUGUUUGACAACAGCUUUAAAAUAUGCACAAUUCAUUGUGGAUUAUAUGUGCAGAGUAUGAAGGUUAAUAAAAUGUGACAGUAUCUGAC